AUGAUUGUGCCAUUUUUCUUUGGUCUAGGUGGUAGAUUGGGAUCUGGUAAGCAGUAUUUGCCUUGGAUUCAUAUUGAUGAUCUUGUUCGUCUAAUAAAAUUCUCCAUAGAAAAUGAAGAGGUUAAGGGAAUUUUGAACGGCGUAGCACCGCAAGUUAUAACUAACGAACAGUUUACUCAGUCGUUCGCGAAAGCAUUGGGCAGACCAGCAUUUUUCCCGGUUCCUGAAUCAGUGUUAAAUUUUUUACUACAUCCUGAACGAGCCAUGAUUGUGACCAAAGGGCAGCAUGUUGUACCGAAAAGGGUACUCGAAUAUGGAUUUAAAUAUCAAUAUGAUAAUAUUGAUGAUGCUUGCAAAGAAUGCGCUCAUCUGUUUCCCAAGAAAUGA